GGCUGCGGCGGGGCUGCGGGGUCCUGGCGCACCUCGCCGCGCUGGGCACCACCGCGCUGCUGCUGCUGCUCUCCAGGCCCGGCACCAGUUUGUUUUCCUGGCACCCUGCGUUCAUGUCAAUAGCAUUCUGCCUAUGCCUGACGGAAGCCAUCCUGAUCUUCUCGCCAGAGGGCCUCCUCUUCUGCUCCUGCUCCCACAAAACGAAAGUGCAGCUGCACUGGACUGCCCAGACGCUGGCCCUUGUGGCUGCCACACUGGGCUUGGCCUUCAUUGUCUCCAGCAAGAACCGGAGUGAGCUUCCACACCUGGUCUCCUGGCACAGUGUUCUGGGCCUCCUGACUCUCCUGGCAGCUUGUGGGCAGGUCUUGUGUGGAUUCUGCCUUCGCUUUCCUCGGCUGCUGAGAAUAUCGUCCGUGGGUCGCCUCCGGCUCGUCCACAUGAUAUAUGGACUGAUCGUUUAUCUGCUAGCCACCUUCACUGUGGCCCUGGGCAUUUAUUCUGACUGGUUUCAGGCCCAGAUUAAAGGGGUGGCUUGGUACUUCUGCCUGGGGUUACCUUUCUGUCCUGCUUUGGUUAUUCUGAAACAGAUUACUAGAACUCGUAAGAAGAGACAGUACAUUUGAGUCUUGGAUCCCAUCAGAACCCACUGGAAUCAAUAUCUCAUCCCCAUUGUUUUCUCCUAUCCUUAGUAUUUAUAACAGCUGAAUUUAGCCUUCUGUUGA